UUACAAUACCGCCAGCUUCUUCGGUAUCAUCACAAUACAGACCCACACCUAUUUCUCUACCUUCCCGAAGGACUCCCUAUAUAUCAAGCUUGUAGUCUCCUUUUUGUGGGUCGUCCAAGCUCUCCUGUUUGGAUGCACGGCCCAGGCUCUUUAUUGGUACUUUGUGAUUGCUUCAACUGAGAAGAACGUCCUUCCGUCUCUCACCUGGGAAAUGGCAAUACAUCAGACUACGGCGGUAGUUUCCUCGACAACUGUUCAAUCGUUUUUCGCAUACCGCGUGUAUACUUUGAGUAAGAGUAUUAUAUGGGGAUGCCUGGUUAUGCUGUUAUCUCUCACGCAAUUCGGUCUUGGGAUAGGUGUGGUCUCUUUUACGUGCUGCUGUUCGUGCUGCCAAACCGUUACCCAUUAGCUGCUUCCUAUCAG